GAUAUAGCAGAUAAGGAUUUAGUAGACGAGGACUGUAGGAAACGAGACGACAUCAAUAAGAGCUAGUAUGAUGAUUAACAAAUCUUAACGGAGAAAAAAGAAAAUUGACAAAGAAAAUAGCGCGCGAGCUUUCGAAACGUAGCGGACGCAUGAGAAUGCAAAAAUAUAAAAAAAAUCGAAUUAAUUGAAAUAAAAAUCCGAUGUGAGACCGAAAGACGAGGACGAAAAAAGUCAUCAUUCGCUGGACUGACUGGACAAAAUAAAGUUAGUAGCCGCGGGCCAAAAAGAGGCGAAGGAAGAGAAUCAGGAGCGGAUGGAGGAAGUAAAUCAUAUAAUAUACGCUGGUUGGGAACCAUAUGAAAGUUACUUGGCGUUUAGUGGUAACGUGACCGCCGAACGACCAAGUGUCGAAGUGAACGCCAAGUAUUUUAAUAGAGAACGAGCACAAAAAUUGAGGUAAAAUGUCAACAAUAAAAUGUAUCACAUUAGAGGAAGAAAUGAAGAGCAAUCCUCAAUUAAAAUUAUCCGAUAUACAAUCACUGAGAGAGUGGUGCGAAAAACAACCGCAUUUACCAAAAGUUGAGGAUACCUUUCUUGCCUUGUGUCUUCACAGGAAUAAUUAUCAAAUGGAACCAACAAAAAUCACAAUUGAGAAUUAUUACACGACCAGGACGCACUUACCAGAAUUUUUUUGCAAUCGAGAUCCGCUCGAGAAAAAGAUACGACAGGCCUCCCAAACCAU